AUGAAUUUAAGGAAAAAAUCAUCAAACCCAACAAACCUCACCAACUUGCGGCCACCACGAGUUCUUCAGGAAAACUCGAAGCCCUUGAAGCUGUGGCUGGCUACCAACGACCACUCCCCUUAUCCCACAAUGGCUGACAAGUUGAAGCUGGCAAACAAGUGUGAUCUCACCAUCACACAGGUUUCUAAUUGGUUCGCCAACGCCAGGAGGAGACUGCGGAACAACAGUAACAACAAAAAUAAAAACAAAAACAACAACAAUAACAACAACAAUAACAAUAAUAAUAAUAAUAAUAAUAAAAUGUUAACCAGCAACAAAAGAAGAAAUGCAAGCGAACCCAGCAGAAGCAUCAAUAACAUCAAGAUUGAUAACAUUAAUCAUUACAUCACCUACAAUGUUAAUAACAUUUCUAGCAUGCCUUAUCGCCCUGCAAAGAGUCAUUCCUACUACGAAAACAACAUCAACAACAACAACAUCAACAACAAUAGCAAUAACAGAAACAACAACAACAAUAUCAACAUCAACAACAACAACAUAAACAACAACAACGACAACAGCAACGGCUUUAUCAUUUACAACAGUACCUUCGUCAUGAGUAGUGAAAAAAUCAACAACAUCAACAGGAAUAUUAACGGUAAAAAAAUUGAUGUCAUACGAUUUGCAAACAUUAGCAACAAUAACUGCCUCAACUACUACAACAAGAACAUCAACCACAUCAACAACAUCAAAAACAACAACAACCACAUCAACAGCAUUAAUAACAACAACAUCAACAACAACAUCAACGACAACGACAACAACUCAUCGCAGACGGGCACUCCCAACAGCGCAUACACAACAUGUACUUACACAUACAUGUUAGUCAGCUGCGUCAUGCUUAAAGCAACAACGACAUCAACAACAAUCGCACACAUCAACAAGCUACAUCCAAACUCAUCAAUCAACUACAACGACUAUGACGACCACGGUAGUGAUGUUGAUGAUCAUCCUGAUAAUGAUCCUGGUGACGGUGGUGAUGAUCAUCCUGAUAAUGAUCCUGGUGAUGAUGGUGAUGAUCAUGAAGACGUCCCCUGUGAUGAAACAUGGAAAAAUAACGAUAACAACAACAACGACGAUCAUGAUAAUGAUAAUCGCGGCGUACGAUAUCCAGCCGAUACUAAUAGAUUAACCGAAUACUUGAUCGGUAAAUCAGCCGAUUCGACGAGGCAACAGCCCGCCAACCUACUCGCAUCCGAAACUGUUAAACCUUCGUCCGCUAAUGUACUGACCAUCAAUUACGUGAAUGACGUCACCGACGUCAAUAACAUCAACAGCAUUAAUAACAUUAAUAACGUUUAUAACAUCAAUGGUUUAGAUAACCUCAGAAACAUUAAAAGCGCCUGUAACACCAACGCAUGCAUCUACAUUAGUAACACUCCUGACAUGAACAUACGCAACUACAUUAGUUACAUUCAUGACGUCAACCGAUGCAAUGACAUUAAUAACAUCAGUAACAUCCUCACAUUGAAUCCUGUCAACCUAACCGAUAAUAAUUGUUGUCACAAUAUUCGUAAUGGCGAUCCUCAAAGAAAUGAAAAUAUUUUUGCUAAAAAACUCGUUCUCCACCGCCGGGAUGGCAAUAGAAUUGAUAGUAGCAAGACCAUUGUCAUCAACGACAACAUCAUUUAUGGAAUCAAACCUGACGACAGCGACAAAUACAACAACGUCAACAGCAGUUCAAACUCCAACGUGAACAAUGACAUCAGUAACAACGACAACAAAUUCAAAAACAGCAACAACCUUAACAUCAACAAUAGUGUAAAUAACAUCCGCACUUACGAAGACAACAUCAACACAAACAACAUCAACAUUAACAACAACAACAUCAACAACAACAACAACAUCAACAACAUCAACAACAACAUAGAAAACGACAUGAAGAGCAGCGCCAUCGAGCGCAAUCAGCAGGUUGUUGACAAACAAAUGAACAACGAACACACACACGCACACAACAACAUCAAUCAAUCCUCUGUGAAAUAUCGACCUACAUUUAGCGCUAAUAAAAGAAGCAUUUUUCAAACAAAUCCUUCAAAUGGCCGAAAAAAUUUAAGGUCGAAACAUUUGACGCUCUUUGAUUCGACAGAAUUGAUCGCCUCUGGAAGGAGUAGAAAAUGCUCGAAGCUGAUGACAGGGAUGGAGGUUCAGGCCGUCUUCAUACUGACCAGGAUGGCCCUUGCCAAAAAAUGCCGCUAA